GUGGGCAUCAAACAAAGCGAGCCCUAUGGGUAGUAUGACGUCCUCUGUUUGGGCACCGUGAAAGCAUCCCGGUGUUCAUCCUACGUACUGAGAACCUCAUCAUAUCCUCGUGAUUUGCUUCAAAUUGCUUGCUCGUAAAGAUGCACUAGAUGCCCUUGAGAGUAUGGCGAGGUCUGCGCCCAAAUACUACAGCGACAGCGACACAGAUGGCGGCAGUUCCUAUGGAUACAACUUGACGGCCGAGCAGGAGGAGGAAAUCUCCGCUCUCAUCGACUCCAUCUCGCCACCAACACCACCGACCCCCCGGCCAGGAACACGCGCCCUGCCUCAAAAUACCACUGCGACUACCUUCCGCUCUUCCGUUCCUUCCCGCUCUCCCUUGAAGCAUUCUACCACCGUGGUCACUGGUCCUGCCUUCGACGACUUCUUGGCCGAGGACGAACUAUCUGACCCGUCCUUUGACAUCCGCUCCGAGAUAGACAACGCAGUCCACCGUCACGUCGCCAAGCCAGACCCAGACGAGCCCGCGCGUGUCAUCCCGUCUCUCAAUGCUCCAUCAUCAGAUAGCAAGUCGCGCCUCGCGCCUUCUGUCCGCGACGACAACCCUCGCCUUGCAACGUUUGUCGCCGAUUCCAAGGCAAAGCCGGCCCAUCCUGACCCCGUUGAUUCGGACGUACGCUACCCGGAUUUAAGCAGUGCCCUGUCGGGCUUACAACAACAAGAUGAGCCGUCUGGGUCCCCAUCCAACACGCCUGCUAGCCAGGCCGAGAAGCCUAGAAAAAGGGGCCGACCGAAAAGAUCAGUCGAGGAAAAGAACCUCGUGAUUGAGGACACUCGGUCGCCCAUCCUUCGUUUCCGAACAUUCCCCAAGAAGCCCUUUUCCGUCAGUGAUCUUACUUCCGGCGCCUGGUGUGAGCUACAAUACUACUAUGUUUUAAGUAAGCUCCCAGGCGGGAAAAAGACGCGAACGCAAGCCAUGAAGGGAGGCACCACGAUUCACGAGAAACUGGAGCGUGAGAUUUACACCCCGGUAUCCGUCGAGAUCACCAAGCCAGAAGACAACUUCGGCCUCAAAAUCUGGAACAUCAUCACGGGGCUGCGCACUCUUCGCGAUACCGGCCUGACCCGUGAGCUGGAGGUAUGGGGCAUCCUCGAUGACGGCCUCGUCGUCAACGGCGUCAUCGACGGGCUGAGCUACGACAACCCGGACCCAACCCUCGAGGAAGAAGUACUCAGCAGUCGAUCCAGCCAAGUGACCGAAAAGCAACCGUCGCAGCAGCAGCAGCAGCACGAAAUCACAGAUUUCUUCCCGCCCGAAGUCGCCGACAAGCGCGAGAUCUUCAUCACGGACGUCAAAACAAGAGGAUCCAAGAAGCCGCCUACAAAAGCCGCCAUGCGCGUCACCACCAUCCAGCUGUUCCUCUACCACCGCUUCCUUUCCGAGAUGGCAUCCGGCAAACUGAACUACUGGCGCGUGUUUGAGCGGUACGGCAUCGAUCCCGAUGAACCCUUCUCCGACACCUUCAUGGCGCAAAUGGGCGCCCUCCAUGAGGAAGUCUUUUCCGACACCACCUCAGACGGUGCCGGACCCGAUUACGUCAGCGCCGUAUCCACCACCUCUGAAGAAGCCUCUGAAGCAGUCCCGCGCGAUGACGACGACCUAGAAUCCACCAUGUCCUCCUCUACCCACGCCUUCGACUCCCUCAAAUACCGCACCCUCCGCGACCUAGUCUCGCUCCUCAAAUUCGAGCUCCAACUCACUUUUCCCCGCGGCGGCGCCAGCCUAGGUCAGAUCGUAGCCGUGGAGUUCCGCUACCGGUCUCCCCGUCCCCGGGAUGGGGGCGAGGAAGAGGGAGAGGAAAACCCAGAGAACGGGUCAGUCAUCAGCGUCAACACGUUCUACGUCGAGCCGGAAACGCUCGACAUGUACCUCCAGGACGACCUGCAGUGGUGGAAGGGCGAGCGGGACCCGCGCGGCGUGCCGGUGGAGGAGUCGUACAAGUGCCAGAUGUGCGAGUUCGCGGGCGAGUGCGAUUGGCGCAUGAGGCUGGAGCAGGAGACGAUGAGGAUGGCGAAGAAGAAGAGUUUGGCGAGGAAUAAGAAUAAGGAGGCGUCGGUUUCAUGGUAGAUUGCGGGGAUUUUGCAAUUUGUUGAGACAUGAUUAUGAUGGCUCUUUUACCGAGGUUUUUUUUUGUUCUGGUUGAGCGUGAUACCCAUGUUUCAAAGGCUGCUUGGGUUGAUGUGGGCGAAAUUUGCCAGUCAAAAAAAAAGG